UCUUCCUCUCGGCAGAGUGGAGAGCCGGAGCCGCGGAGCCUCUCGAUGGGCGGCCAUGUGGGCUUCGACAGCCUCCCGGACCAGCUGGUCAGCAAGUCGGUCACUCAGGGCUUCAGCUUCAACAUCCUCUGUGUGGGGGAGACGGGCAUCGGCAAGUCCACGCUGAUGAACACGCUCUUCAACACCACCUUCGAGACGGAGGAAGCCAGCCACCACGAGGCGUGCGUGCGGCUGCGGCCGCAGACCUACGACCUGCAGGAGAGCAACGUGCAGCUCAAGCUGACCAUCGUGGACGCCGUGGGCUUCGGGGACCAGGUCAACAAGGAUGAGAGGCAAGAGGCGGGAAGGGCGGCCCGCCAGCCUCCGCCCCAUCCCGGCCACCGGGGCCACCGUCCUGAGACUCUGCCCUACGCGUGGCCGAGCCCCACACUCCUCUGGGGCCCCGUGGUGGCAGCUAACUGGCCAGGGACCCCUUGGAGGGUCAGGGGAGGCGGCCGCACCUGUGCCCAGACGGGCAUCCCGGGGAAGCUGCUCGUUCCCAAGGAGACGGGGGUGGGGGUUUGGGGCGGGACCGCCCACGGGAGUAGCUUCCUCUCUUCGGCUUCCCGCCCCUCUGCCCAGGGACGUGGCCCCCGUGUGGCUGUCCCCAGUCAGGGAGCCACUGCUCGAAAUACCCGCCAACCCGCUGUCCCCACCUGGUCUGGGCAGGUGAACAUCAUCCCCAUCAUCGCCAAGGCCGACACCAUCUCCAAGAGCGAGCUCCACAAGUUUAAGAUCAAGAUCAUGGGCGAGCUGGUCAGCAACGGCGUCCAGAUCUACCAGUUCCCCACGGACGACGAGGCUGUCGCGGAGAUCAACGCCGUGAUGAACGCACACCUGCCCUUCGCCGUGGUGGGCAGCACCGAGGAGGUGAAGGUGGGCAACAAGCUGGUCCGAGCGCGGCAGUACCCCUGGGGCGUGGUGCAGGUGGAGAACGAGAAUCACUGCGACUUCGUGAAGCUGCGGGAGAUGCUGAUCCGGGUGAAUAUGGAGGACCUGCGCGAGCAGACGCACAGCCGGCACUACGAGCUGUACCGGCGCUGCAAGCUGGAGGAGAUGGGCUUCCAGGACAGCGACGGCGACAGCCAGCCCUUCAGCCUGCAGGAGACGUACGAGGCCAAGAGGAAGGAGUUCCUGAGCGAGCUGCAGAGGAAGGAGGAGGAGAUGAGGCAGAUGUUCGUCAACAAGGUGAAGGAGACGGAGCUGGAGCUGAAGGAGAAGGAAAGGGAGCUGCACGAGAAGUUCGAGCACCUGAAGCGGCUGCACCAGGAGGAGAAGCGCAAGGUGGAGGAGAAGCGCCGGGAGCUGGAGGAGGAGACCAGCGCCUUCAACCGCAGGAAGGCGGCCGUGGAGGCCCUGCAGGCGCAGGCGCUGCACGCCACCUCGCAGCAGCCCCUGAGGAAGGACAAGGACAAGAAGAACAGAUCAGAUAUAGGAGCACAGCAGUCGGGCAUGAGCCUCUCCAACUCUAAGGUGAUGAUGACCAAGGCCAGUGUGGAGCCCUUGAACUGCAGCAGCUGGUGGCCGGCCAUGCAGUGCUGCAGCUGCCUGGUCAGGGACGCGACGUGGAGGGAAGGAUUCCUCUGAGGCAGCAGCCCCAACACAUGGGGCCAGCUCAGGACCACCAGGGAAUGGAACUGGAGACCAUGGUUUUUAAUGUUAGAACAGAAAACCCCAUACUUUUCCUAUAUCCAUGACCAAAAGUGCAAAUGAUUUAAAUUUCCAUCAGGGAGUACCCGAAUAUCGCCCACCCCUUUUCAUUCCUAUCCGUGGCUCCACAAGGGGCUUGGGGCUGAAUGCCCAUUCUGUGGCCAAAGCUGAGCUUUGACCCUCGAGGGAAAAGACAAUCAGCUUUGUGACAUGGUCAUUUUGAGCCUCAAGUACUUGGAUGACAAUGUUUCGAUUCCCAAAAAAAAAUAGAAACAUAUUCAAGAGAUUAAGGAUAGCAGAGAAGUUACUUGUAUCUGCUUGACAUAAGAAACUCUGCAAACUGGCAACAGUGGCUGGUUCUCAUAACAAAACAGCCCUUUAGUGAUUUAAUCUUCAUGCUUCAUAACAGACCAAAACCCCAUGACAUCUCCAUAUUGCAUAAUUUUGCCUUACUAACAGAACCAUAUCCCUAAGGAUGACCAUCAUUCCCCAACUAAAACGAACUAAUGUAUGAUAUUUUUUUAAGUGCCAGAUCAAUAUGGUCUAAAGCCUCAGCAAGAAUGGUGUGUAGGUGAAGAGAGACAGCUCAGUGAAUGUGUGUAAAGAGUAGCACAAGCAGACAGCUAUUUAUGUACAGUAUUCAUAGAAUGGAAAGGUAAAAUAUUUUUGCAGUGUGUAUUUAAAAGAGAAACUCGCCAUAACAGUGCCAUCUACAAAGUCUUUGCAAAGUUAAUUUCAUGUCCCUUGGAAGCAGGAGUCUGGUGGGACUGUGCUGGGUUUAAGGCACAUUUUCCCUCCUCCGUAUGUCGUGAGCCUUGUGGGUGACCUCACCGCGGUGCGUGUGCGGGGACGUGUGCCCGCCCAUGCUCUGCCACCCUGCGUUGUGAACGGCUGUUCCAAAGGCACAGACGAGUCCGGAGUGGACUCUGCAAACUCCCCCUACUUACUAUCAUCAAGAAAUCCAGCGGCGUCCCGAUACAGAGGUCCCAGUGCAGUCUGUCCAGAAUAGCCAGCUCCAUCCUCAGCAGCUCAUUUGGGCUAUAGCCAGAGCCAUAGUGCUUUAAGAAGUCUUUUACAUGUGGAAUUAACUGUAAAAAGAAAAUAAAGAGGCGAAAGCCCUACAUCACGUCACA